AAUCACUUUGUCGGCAUUUCUUUAAAGAGUGAGUGUACAGUCACACUGUAGACAACUUUGAAGAGAGAGAGAGAAUAGAAUGGGAAGUGCUUCACUUGUCUUGUUUGCGCGGCUCUCGGGUUUAGUAAUAGCGGUUUUGGUUGUGUACUGGGCUCUCUUGCUCGUCCCUCAUCAAGGCCUUACAUACUCUACUCUGCAUCCUCUGCUGAUGGUGAUUGGCUUCAUUAUCGUAAGUGGAGAAGCGAUUCUGAUACACAGAUGGUUGCCUGGUUCAAGAAAAACGAAGAAAGCAGUUCAUUUAUGGCUACAAGGAGUGGCAUUGGUCUCUGGUAUGUUUGGGAUAUGGACAAAGUUCCAUUACCAAUCUGGAGUUUUCUCAAACUUCUACAGUCUCCAUUCUUGGAUGGGUCUACUCUCUCUUUCUCUCUUCUCUGCUCAGUGGGUGACUGGAUUCUUGAGCUUCUGGCAUAGAGGAGAAGUCCGGACAACAAGAACCACGUUUCUUCCAUGGCAUGUCUUCCUCGGACUUUACACCUACGGUCUAGCCAUUGCCACCGCCGAGACCGGACUACUUGAGAAGCUCACUUUCCUUCAGACAAAGCGAAUCGUCCCAAGACGCUGUCAUGAGUCAACGAUCGUCAACGGUCUCGGGCUAGGCUUGGUUCUGCUCAGUGGUGUUGUUAUAACAGCCGCUGUUUUGCCAAAGUAUCAGAGCCAUUCUGGUAAUGAGAAACUCGUUUAUUCAUCUCAAGAUCGUCCCAAAUGUUUGACUUCUUAGAGUUAUUUUUUUCUUUUCAAAUUUUAGUUUUGUAUUGAUUUUUGGAGACAACUACACACGUCUCUCUGGUUGUACAAAUGAAUGUAUUAUUACCGCAUUGUGAUGAUGAGACUUGUGUCAACAAACUUGGCUCCUCCAACUUUUCCUUGAAUCUGAGACGGUAAAGGAAUCACUCUUCUUUGGUC